UAGUGUAGAAGUUAUUUUGGUCGGAUAUAGAGGUUAAUAAUAAUGAAAACGUGGUUAAUGAUUAAUCAAAAUAAGAGCGAAGGGCCCAGUAUAAUAGCAUUUAUUUGGGCCGAUGUUGGUCUCGGCUUUAAAGGAAACUGUCCGACCCGACCCGACAUGGUAUGAUCUUCCUGUCAAGCGGUUCCCGCUCUUUUUUUUAUCAAUCGAGGCGCCAAAACAAAAAUUGAUUAUUUUGUUGUCAUUUUUGGAUUUUCGACACAAAAGAAGACGAUCACAGAUCUAAUCGAAUUGAGAAAAAGAGAUAAGAAUGUUUGGGAGGCUGAGACCACCGCCGUCGCCGCCGGAUUGUCUGGAGAGAUAUCCGGCGAAGAUCAUCAAAGACGAUCCUCUCUCCGUCUACGAGUCAACACUGUUGAAGCUUAAGCAAGGGUCAACAAGACUGGACACUACUUCAUCAGAAACAGAAGGUGAAGAGAAUCUGCCAUCAUCACCGUCUCAUGUCUUCUCUUCGGAUACACAAGGAGACACUCAUGAUAUGACUCUGUGCAAUGGCUCUGAUGCAAUGGCUAUAGACUCAUGUGAAAGCUCGAAACAGCUAAAGAACAAGAACCCAUCAGUACUAUCCAUGUUUAGCAAGUACAAGAAUCAAGCUCAAGCACGAAACAUGAAGACAGAGACUCAUAAUGAUUUGUAAACACAUAACUCAAGUUCAUGUGUUUAACUAGACAACUCUGUUUGUAAGGAGUCUAUAGAAAAUAUGUAAUUUUUUCAAUGUGCAAUUCAUGCAAUUAGAACCUCUUGAAUUUGAACCAAAGUUCUUGCAUAAUCAAGUACGAUUUAAAUCAA